AUCGGUGAUCUCCAGAGAGUCGCAAGACAGUUAAAUGGCUUCUCCUUCGGCGUCUGAUCAAGCGAAACAAGGAUUAAGUUGGAUGGAAUGGCUCCAAGGGUGGUCUCAUGUGAUUUAUGAGCUAUUUUUUCAGAGGAUUGAAGCAAGAUAUCUUAAGAAUCCACUGCCACUGCCUCCAUUGAACGAUCUUACCUGUAUUGUUACCGGUUCCACCAGUGGAAUCGGGCUUGAAAUAGCCAGGCAAUUGGCUGAAUCAGGGGCUAAUGUUGUCAUGGCAGUGAGAAAUCCCACUGCGGCCCAUUCUUUAAUCCAAACAUGGCAGAACGAAACGUCCAGUAAGGAUUCCUUAAACAUUGAUGUCAUGGAGCUUAAUCUCCUCUCUCUUGAAUCCGUCGUGAGGUUUUCAGAAACAUGGGAUUCACUUGGAAAACCCCUUAAUGUCCUUAUCAAUAACGCGGGGAUCUUUUCCAUGGGAGAGCCUCAAAAGUUUUCAAACGACGGGUAUGAAACUCAUAUGCAAGUGAACCAUCUUGCACCGGCACUGCUCUCUCUACUACUCUUACCCUCACUCAAGAGAGGGGCUCCAAGUAGAAUCAUCAACGUGAACUCUGUCAUUCAUUUCGUAAGUACAGUUGAUCCAAACGACAUGAACUUUGUUUCCAGGAAAAGAGAAUUCUCGAGCUUAGCAGGAUACUCGACCAGUAAACUAGCACAAGUCAUGUUUAGCAACGUUCUCCAUAAGCGCCUCCCUUCUGAAUCAGAGAUUAGCAUAAUUUGUGUGGGACCCGGAUGUGCCCGAACAAAUAUUGAGAGGGAUGUUCCUAAAUUUAUUAAGGAAGUUGGUUAUCGUCUAUUUUCGCCUGUGCUUUUCAACGCUGAAGAAGCAUCAAGAAGCGCGCUCUUUGCUGCUACUGAUCCUGAGAUUCCCAAGUAUUGUGCACAGUUGAGGUGCGAUGAGUGGCCUGCCUGUGCUUACAUCUCCUCUUCUUGUUGCCCGAUGAACCCUUCCAAUGAAGCACGGAGGUUGGAUGUUUCUAGCUUAGUUUGGGAAAAGACACUUGAUAUGGUUGGCCUUUCUGGUGAUUGUUUGGAGAUCCUUCUUGAAGGGAAAGAAAUUCAAUGCCGGUAUGGAGCUCACCUUAAAUAGGUGCCAAAAUUUAGUUGUGGAAGUCUAUGUUUGCAAGUUUUUGAUUGUGUUCUUCUUCCUAUGUCACGUCUCUUUUGAUUGCUCAAUUUUUGUCUGCUGGAAUGGACUAGAUCGAUAUUAUGCUUGUUCUAGUUUCAUUUUCCUCAUAUUAUGCAAAUGCAGAUUCUUGUUUUCCCCCUCAAA